CUCGCGACGCGCCACCAUGCUUCCGACGCACGUGCAGGAGUCGAUCGAGGCGACGCCGGACGCGACUGCCAUCUACACGUUCAACCUCGCCGAGGUGCCACGCCUCAUGGCCGAGUGGCGCACCGCCUUUCCCAGCAUCCGUCCUUUCUACGCCGUCAAGUGCAACUCGGACGUCCGCCUCGUCUCGGCGCUGCACGCGGCUGGCGUUGGGUACGACUGCGCGUCGCCGGCCGAGAUCGCGCUCGUCCAGUCGCUCGGCGCAUCGCCUGAUGAUAUUCUGUACGCCAACCCGAUGAAGCGCGAGGUUGACAUUCGCACUGCGACGGCCGCGGGCGUCGCCCAAAUGAGCUUUGACAGCAUCGACGAGCUCCACAAGAUCAAGGCGCAUGCAACUGGCGACAUCAACCUCUCGCUGCGCCUCAAGUGCGGUGACGACAACGCGCUGCUUCGCAUGGGCGACAAGUUUGGUGCCGACGCCGCCGACUGGCCAUCGCUCUUGGCUGAAGCCAAGGCGCUCGCGCUGCCCGUGCGCGGGAUCUGCUUCCACCUCGGGUCGGGCUGCAUGAACCCGACCGCGUACGCCCAAGCCAUUGCGCAAGCCGCCGACUGCAUCCGCAUGGCGACCACCGAGUUUGGGUUUUGUAUCGACACGCUCAACAUUGGUGGGGGGUUCGCAUCCCCUUUGCACGCCGGCGUCGUGGCUGCGAUCAACGAAGCGGUGCGUACGAGCUUUGGCCCAACGCCGACGCUCCGCGUGAUCGCUGAGCCCGGUCGGUUCUUUGCCGAGACCGUGUGCACUCUGCAUUUGCGCAUUCUCGGCAAGCGCGUGCGCAGUGCCAGUCGCGUCAUCGACUACUUUGUGCACGAGAGCAUCCACGGCUCCUUCUUCUUUGCGCCGUUUGGGAAGCUCAACCCGACCCUCGAACACGAAGACGAGCGUGAGACGUUCGUAAGUCACGUGUACGGCGACACGUGCCACGGCGGCGACGUGCUCUCAAAGAACUUGAAAAUGGGAGAGCGCAGCGUCGGCGACUGGCUCCAGUACAAGCGCAUGGGCGCCUACACCCACGUCUUUGCCACGACCUUCAACGGCAUGGACUUUGCCAAGUGCCUCACGACGCUCUACCUUCCAUGAUGAGUGGUUCCCACGUACUAGUGGCUCCCACGUACUAGAUAUAAUCCUCGUACGAGUACACUAUACAAGCUGCAAAACGA